AGCAGAGCGGACAGGGGCGCGCGGGAGGCGCGCAGAGCUUUCGGGCUGCAGGCGCUCGCUGCGCCUGGGGAAUUGGGCUGUGGGCGAGGCGGCCCGGGCUGGCCUUUAUCGCUCGCCGGGCCCAUCGUUUGAAACUUUAUCAGCGAGUCUCGCCACUCGUCGCAGACGCGAGCGGGGGGCGGGGGCGCGGCGAGGCGCCGGCGGCCGUGACGAGGCGCUCCCGGAGCUGAGCGCUUCUGCUCUGGGCACGCAUGGCGCCCGCACACGGAGUCUGACCUGAUGCAGACGCAAGGGGGUUAAUAUGAACGCCCCUCUCGGUGGAAUCUGGCUCUGGCUCCCUCUGCUCUUGACCUGGCUCACCCCCGAGGUCAACUCUUCAUGGUGGUACAUGAGAGCUACAGGUGGCUCCUCCAGGGUGAUGUGCGAUAAUGUGCCAGGCCUGGUGAGCAGCCAGCGGCAGCUGUGUCACCGACAUCCAGAUGUGAUGCGUGCCAUUAGCCAGGGCGUGGCCGAGUGGACAGCAGAAUGCCAGCACCAGUUCCGCCAGCACCGCUGGAAUUGCAACACCCUGGACAGGGAUCACAGCCUCUUUGGCAGGGUCCUACUCCGAAGUAGUCGGGAAUCUGCCUUUGUUUAUGCCAUCUCCUCAGCUGGAGUUGUAUUUGCCAUCACCAGGGCCUGUAGCCAAGGAGAAGUAAAAUCCUGUUCCUGUGAUCCAAAGAAGAUGGGAAGCGCCAAGGACAGCAAAGGCAUUUUUGAUUGGGGUGGCUGCAGUGAUAACAUUGACUAUGGGAUCAAAUUUGCCCGCGCAUUUGUGGAUGCAAAGGAAAGGAAAGGAAAGGAUGCCAGAGCCCUGAUGAAUCUUCACAACAACAGAGCUGGCAGGAAGGCUGUAAAGCGGUUCUUGAAACAAGAGUGCAAGUGCCACGGGGUGAGCGGCUCAUGUACUCUCAGGACAUGCUGGCUGGCCAUGGCCGACUUCAGGAAAACGGGCGAUUAUCUCUGGAGGAAGUACAAUGGGGCCAUCCAGGUGGUCAUGAACCAGGAUGGCACAGGUUUCACUGUGGCUAACGAGAGGUUUAAGAAGCCAACAAAAAAUGACCUCGUGUAUUUUGAGAAUUCUCCAGACUACUGUAUCAGGGACCGAGAAGCAGGCUCCCUGGGUACAGCAGGCCGUGUGUGCAACCUGACUUCCCGGGGCAUGGACAGCUGUGAAGUCAUGUGCUGUGGGAGAGGCUACGACACCUCCCAUGUCACCCGGAUGACCAAGUGUGGGUGUAAGUUCCACUGGUGCUGCGCCGUGCGCUGUCAGGACUGCCUGGAAGCUCUGGAUGUGCACACAUGCAAGGCCCCCAAGAACGCUGACUGGACAACCCCUACAUGACCCCAGCAGGCGUCACCAUCCACCUUCCCUUCUACAAGGACUCCAUUGGAUCUGCAAGAACACUGGACCUUUGGGUUCUUUCUGGGGGGAUAUUUCCUAAGGCAUGUGGCCUUUGUCUCAACGGAAGCCCCCUCUUCCUCCCUGGGGGCCCCAGGACGGGGGGGCCACAUGCUGCACCUAAAGCCUACCCUAUUCUAUCCAUCUCCUGGUGUUCUGCAGUCAUCUCCCCUCCUGGCGAGUUCUCUUUGGAAAUAGCAUGACAGGCUGUUCAACCGGGAGGGUGGUGGGCCCAGACCACUGUCUCCACCCACCUUGACGUUUGUUCUUUCUAGAGCAGUUGGCCAAGCAGAAAAAAAAGUGUCUCAAAGGAGCUUUCUCAAUGUCUUCCCACAAAUGGUCCCAAUUAAGAAAUUCCAUACUUCUCUCAGAUGGGAACAGUAAAGAAAGCAGAAUCAACUGCCCCUGACUUAACUUUAACUUUUGAAAAGACCAAGACUUUUGUCUGAUCAAGUGGUUUUACAGCUACCACCCUUAGGGGUAAUUGGUAAUUACCUGGAGAAGAAUGGCUUUCAAUACCCUUUUAAGUUUAAAAUGUGUAUUUUUCAAGGCAUUUAUUGCCAUAUUAAAAUCUGAUGUAACAAGGUGGGGACGUGUGUCCUUUGGUACUAUGGUGUGUUGUAUCUUUGUAAGAGCAAAAGCCUCAGAAAGGGAUUGCUUUGCAUUACUGUCCCCUUGAUAUAAAAAAUCUUUAGGGAAUGAGAGUUCCUUCUCACUUAGAAUCUGAAGGGAAUUAAAAAGAAGAUGAAUGGUCUGGCAAUAUUCUGUAACUAUUGGGUGAAUAUGGUGGAAAAUAAUUUAGUGGAUGGAAUAUCAGAAAUAUAUCUGUACAGAUCAAGAAAAAAAGGGAGAAUAAAAUUCCUAUCUCAU